CAUCCCGAGACCUACAUGAAGCUCUUGGUCCUGCUGGUUUGCAGCCUCCUGGUGUGGAGGGUGGGUGAGACGAGGUCGGAUGCUCCAGAAAAGUUGUCCCCGCUGGCUCCGGGAGCUCUCAGCACGAAGGAGACCUUCCUGGUGCUCUCUUUGCACAACAAGUUGAGGAGCAAAGUGCAGCCCCCUGCUGCCAACAUGCAGAAGCUGGAGUGGAGCGAGGAGCUGGGGCGGCAGGCGGGGGCACGGGCAGCCAGCUGCCUGGAGGGCCCCGCUCCGCCGCCAGCCCCACAGCUGGGCUGGAGCGAGGCGCUGCUGCCGGCGGGCGCGGGAGGCUUCGGGGCCGUGCUGGAGCUCUGGUUUGCUGAGGGACAGCGCUAUGACUACAGGACCGGGCGCUGCGCCGGCAAUGCCACCUGCCGCCACUACACCCAGCUGGUGUGGGCCACAGCGGGGCAGCUGGGCUGCGGCCGGCACCGCUGCCCCGGCCCCCACGGCCCCAGCGAGGCCUUCGCGUGCGCCUACUCGCCGGGGGGCAACUGGGAGGUGGCCGGGACGCCCAUCCUGCCCUACAAGCAGGGACCCUGGUGCUCCCUCUGCACCGCUGGCCUCUCUGGCUGCUUCAAGUCCUGGGACCACAGCGGCGGGCUCUGCGAGGUGCCCAGGAACCCCUGUCGCAUGAGCUGCAGGAACAGUGGGCGCCUCGACAUGAGCAGCUGCCAGUGCACCUGUCCCCGCGGCUACACGGGCAGGUACUGCCAAGUGAGGUGCAGCGGGCAGUGCCUCCACGGAAGGUUCAGGAAGGAGGAGUGCUCCUGCCUCUGCGACGCGGGCUACGGAGGAGCUGAGUGCGGCACAAAGAUCCAUUUCCCCUUCCAUGCCUGUGACGUGCGGAUUGACAGCGACUGCUUCAUGGUGUCCCCUGAAGCCGACACCUACUAUGGAGCCAAAAUUAAAUGCCAGGACAAAGGAGCAAUGCUGGCCCAGAUAAGAAACCAGAAGGUUCAGGACAUCCUGGCUUUCUACCUCAGCCGCUUGGAGAUGGGUAACAGGGUGACAGACACCGAUUUUGAGACUGGAAACUUCUGGAUCGGUCUCACCUACAAAACAUCCAAGGCUUCCUUCCGCUGGGAUGUGGGUGAGCCAUCCUCCUUCACCAGCUUUGCUUUUGGGCAGCCAGACAACCAGGGGUUUGGGAACUGUGUGGAGAUGCAAGCGUCAGCCGCCUUCAACUGGAACGACCAGCGCUGCAAGACCCGAAACCGGUACAUCUGCCAGUUCGCCCUGCCCAGACCUCUGUGUCUCUCCUGGGGUGGGAGGCACUGACUCUACACACGCCAUUGCAGCCCAGGAACACAUCGCCCUGUGGCAGCAGGAUCCCUGAGCUGGCAGCCCUGGGAACUGGCCAGCGCUGGCUGCUGUGCUGAACCUGGGGCUCAAGAGGACCCUGGUGCCGUGCAAAGCCCGGACCAUGGCUCAGGAGGAUCUCUGCACAGCUCACUUGUGCAGGGAAUGAGGGGCUGAGGGGACCUAUGGCACUGGGACCUGGCAAGAAGGGUUGUGCUGUACGUUAGCAUUCCUGACACAGCAUCUUCUUCUGCCCCUCACCUUCCUCUGUCACUAUCACUCUGCAACACCCUGGGCAGAUGUCCCUUGCAACAGCCAGGUACAAAAGCAUCCUCCUCCACAGCUGGCAGCUGGGCUGUGUCUGGACUGUGGGCUCAGUGUUACUAGGGGCCAAGGGGGCUCUUUGGGGGUGCAGACCUUGGAAUAGCUCAGGGAGGCCUGGGCUCAGCUCUGAGCCAUUUUCCUGACCUGGGUGAGAACACACUAGCCUGGUGGGUUUCUCACCAUCAUCUGGUCCUUCAU